CAAGAGUAAUACUUCCGGGUCACUCUACAUGGCAUUCCCAUGGUAGCGUGAAGGAAGGUAGUUGUGCUAGGGUUAUUUAAUUGAGCUUUGAUUAUCGCCACUAAUGGGGUGGAUCUGAAAAGUUUAUUUGCAAAGGGAGCAUCACCAUGGCAACAGAAGUGAAGGGUGGUGGGCAGACACUGGAACAGUUUCUGCUUCUGGCAAAAGCGGCCAGGGGUGCUGCGCUGGCAAACUUGGUUCAACAGGUGCUGGACGUGCCAGGUGUCUAUGUCUUUGGAGAGCUGCUUGACAUGCCCAAUGUGAAAGAGCUUGGGGAGGGGCCCCAUGAGCGAGUACAUCGCCUGCUGACCAUAUUUGCUUAUGGGACGUACAGAGAUUACCUGGCAAACGUUUCAGAUUUGCCUGCUUUGAGUGAGAAUCAGAAGAACAAGUUAAGGCAUCUAUCCAUUGUGAGCCUUGCUGCAAAAGUAAAGUGCAUCCCCUAUGCUGUCCUCCUGAAGGAACUGGAAAUGAAGAAUGUGCGUGAGCUUGAGGAUCUGAUCAUUGAAGCUGUCUAUGCAGAUGUGAUCCAGGGUAAAUUGGACCAGCGAAACCAGCAGCUGGAGGUAGAUUACUGUGUGGGACGCGACAUCAAGCAGGAAGACCUGGGUGCAAUUAUCAAAACACUGCAAGAGUGGUGUACAGGCUGUGAAACAGUGCUUGCUGGAAUUGAAGAGCAGGUGAGCCGAGCCAAUGCAUACAAAGAACACCAGUUGAAGGUGAAGCAACAGGUGGAGGGUGAGGUAGCAAACUUAAAGAAGACAUUAAAAGCCACAACUGCGUCAGCAGCAGCUGCAGUAUCUCCAGACCCAGAGCAGCACAUGGCAGAACCAGGGCAAAAUGCCACAGCACAGGAUCAGCGGCAAACAGGAAAGAAGCAGUCUAAGGUUAAAGGGUUUGGUCAUUUUAAAUAGGGCUCCGUGGCAGUGGAAAAAUAUGGUCUAAAUCAAACUGAUACUGAAAAGUAAUAUUCCAUCUAUGAAGAACUGUCUUUACAGCUGGUGUGAACUGUUGUGUCAUUCCUGACUGGUGACAGAGACAAAACUGUUGCUACUGUUUUUUAUGGCUGAGUUUCAGGUGGCCCCUUGUGGAUUAAUGCAGUGCUUGUCUGGCAGCGUGUGUAAAUUUUUGGCUUUUUCUUCUUGGAUUCCCUUAUCAGAUUGCAUUUGACCUUGUGUUGCUUUGACUGCUUCAGAUUUGAUCAGAGUCAACGUAUCUCCCUUUUUCACAGCUGAAGUCGAGUUACUAUCUAUCCCUGUCAUGAUAGCAGUGGCCUUGCUGAGGAGGGUAGAAUAGGAUUAAAAAAGGCCUUUUUUCAGCUGUAACUCUUGGCUCUUACUUCUGCGUUAGUAUCAUGCCCUCUUGGGGUGAUGGAACUGCAGGCUUCCAGAGCUCGUUCCUAGUUUUUUUGGAUUUGAAGUACUUUUGUUUGGAAGCUGUAUUAGACUUUGUAGUGCAGUGAAUGUAUUUCCUCUUACGUGUUGUGUCUGGCCAUGUCUGGUUUAGUCUGUACCACCUCAUGACCAGGUCAGUGCACUCAUGUGCACAAAUAGAAUGAAUACUGCAGCUGAAGCCUUGAAUGAUAGAAAUAUGGGUGCAUUUUUCAAAUUUAUGUUCCCUCACUUUCACAGUACUUAAGUUCGGUUUGUUAAGUUGAAUGUGUAGAACUAUUUGAAUUGAAUUGAAUUACAGAAUGCAAAAAAACAUGUUCUGGAAAAGCAUUACAAAUGUUUAAAAAAAAUUUUUCAUAAUGGACAAUGAAAGAGCCUUCGGUUUAGUAGUGAAACCUGGUCUGGUCUUAUUGGGUUUUGGAGUGAAUCUCCAAAGGUGGUAGAAGUGCUUCCUGUCAAGAAGCAAUGUUAUGUUUUUCAUUCGACCAUCAGUUCCUUGUUACCAUCAUUCGCCACUUUUUCAUCCUGCCACUUGCAGUUGAGGUACUGAAGUUGUUUUCAGGUGAAUGAUUAAUGUUCACUUUCUUGUUAAGUACUUACAACAGUUCUAAAUUUCUUGAAGUUUUAGAAGUGGAAUUUUGAACAGCUGAACACAUGGCUUUGGUGACGCAUCAUAGUAUGCCUUGUGGACAAGAUGCCAUGACAGCUACUGAAGUACAUGCCAUGUGAAUUCUAUACCUGAGCAGAUGUCCGAAAGUUGAUGCAAAGCUUAUGUGAAAUAAAGUGGCUGAAAAUGA